GGUGGUGGUAUUACCUAACACAUACAUGCUCCCCCCAUUGAAGCUUAUAUUCCAGUCUUGAUGCUAUUCGAGUAUCUACCAUGCCACACAUCCAAGCUGAGCCCGGCGACUUUUCUCUCCUAACACCCAACAUGAAGAAAAGGACCCGUGACGAUGUACUUGCUAGCAAGAGAAUAGUCUUGCCGCCUUUUCAUGAAAUAAGCCCUCAAAUCCCUGCCAAUUUGCUGGAUAUCGCAGAAGAUAGUUACGAACAAGGUUUACGUCAACGGAUUUUCGCGAAGAGACAGCGGCUUCAGAAACAAUCGUCACCGACGCAAUCACUAACACUUGCAACCUCGCAUAUCUCCUCUUCCCAAGUAUCCUACCAAAGUCUCUCUCCAAAAUCUCACCAACCGUCAACCUUCUGCUUACUCCCCUGUCAUGUUUGUCAUAGGCGGCCCACAACAAAGGAGACUCUAGGUGCCUAUUCCAAUUGCGAAAUAUGUGCGCAAAGAAGCUGUUAUAUUUGCCUCCGUUCAUGUGAUGCUGUUGACUGCAGUGGCUCGAUCAAUACGCCAGUAAAGCCCUCAGGCUUUAUAGACGAGGAUGGUCGUGGCAUGAAGAGGCAGACUCGAUCACGAAGAAUUUGCUCAUCGUGUGCAGUUGAAGGUCUGAAUGAAACAGGUGCUGUAGCGGCAAGGUGUCUUGAUUGUGUGCUAAAUACGACGCCUCGAUGGCAAACUAUUCCACCCGGGUAGGAGAAGACUUGGAUUCAUAAAGAUGUCUCGUGAGAUCAGGCGCCCCUUUGCUGUGCGCCCACGCAAGCAGCAAGAGUGGGAAUGUAAGCCACAAAUUAUUCAUUCGACUGAAGGCGCUCGCUACGAGCCCCUGAUGCUGAAUGAGAGCCUAUUAUGACUGUCACAUACAAAACCCUGAGGAGGCGGGGCCUGCCCAAAUGUCCCGGUUAUCAAGGAUGCUUACAGCAGCGUUGAACGCAUGAGUAGGCAUCACCUGCAGACCACUAACAAGGCAAUUCGGCAUCGUGAAUAGUCUUGCCCGAUGGCUUUAAGCAGGAAGGGGGUGCGAUGAUUCCUAGCAAGACAUGAAAAGAAUCUCCCACCCUGGAAUAGAACA